AUGCCCGACAGCUCGUCCGCGAGCUCGCAUUCUCGCCAACUGUCGCGAACCCUCUACCCCAAGGGCCCCAGCUUCAACCUCGAGUACUUCUCAGGCCGCGACUACAUCGUCAAGGACUUUGUCGAGUCGCUCUCCGACAGCGCCAUCGCCAACCGCAGGUCGGCUGGCGGGGCCGCUGGCACAAACACGCCGUUUGAUCCGAAACCGCUUAUCCGCACCUUUGAGCAUGCCCAAGGCAGCCUGAACGAUCUGCUGGGUGAUUUGGAAAUCAAGGAAAAUGAGCUAUCGGCAGCCGUACGAAGAGCAGAGGCCCAACACACGCAGAAUUUGAAUACGCUGGGGAGAAAACUUAGUCAUACAAUCGAGUCGUUUCAGAAAUUGGAUACGUCGCUAAAUGGAACUUCACUCUCGAACGGCGCUGAUAGCAAUGUGGCCGUGGAAACCGGCAAGAGGUUAGAGGAGCUUGAACGGCAACGGCGGCGUGCGUUGGAUGCGCAUUUCUUGAUUGAAUGCUGGGAUGAAGUCAGCAAUCGGGGUGAUACCACGAAGCUUGAAACGCUCCGCAUGUCAGGGAAUAGCGAGGGGAAACUCCGGGCUGCGCAUAUUGCCAAGCAGUUGUUGCGGAUCAGUCAGAGACUUGAUCCCAAGAGCUGGAACGACACCUCUAAUAAUCAUAAUAAUAAUAAUGGAAAUGGCCAUUAUGCGAAUGGUGCAAUGCUGUCUCCUAACCUGGGUGGAAACGGACAUAUGAAUGGGCAUGCAAAUGGGAAUGGGCAUGUGAACGGAAAUGGCAACAAUUUUCCCAAGGAGGAUACCAGGGUGAUCAUUGAGAAAUUCUCAGAAACACUUGAAAAGGAUCUGCUCAAACAGUUUGACGACUUCUACAGGAAAGCAAACUUUGAAGGCAUGCAGGAAUGUGCGUCGGUUCUUCGCGACUUCAACAGUGGCGCGAGUGUCAUUGCCUUGUUCGUCAACCAGCAUCAAUUCUUCAUCGACAGGAGCCAACUUAUGACGGAAGAAGUGGGCGGAGAUGCAGAAGCAUGGGAAAAAUUGGCAGACCCGGACGCCGAACCACCAGGCGUCGAGCCCAGCUUACAGUCCUUGGUUGAUGACGUGAAGGUUGUCGUACAAGACGAGUCCACCAUCAUCCGUCGCGCAUUUCCUUACUACGACGAAGUGCUCAGCCGGUUCUUACAAAGAGUCUUUCAGCAAUCGAUCCAGCAGAGACUGGAGAUGGUACUCGAAAAAGCGAGUAGUGUCUCCUCUCUUGCCUUUUUACGGUCACUUCAGAGCUCGCGGAGUUACCUCAACUCUCUGGUAGACGACUUAAAGACCCAUGGGCUGACUGAGGCCCCUGAUCCGAUCUCGUCUCAGACAGCGCUGCUCCUCGAUCAACAACUAGAAGAGUUAUUCAUUCCAUACUUCGUGGGAUCGUCUUAUAUCGAGCGCGAAAAGCGUAAUCUAGAAGAGCUCUACACAUCGCUACUGUUCAAGUUCACGGCAUUCCAUUUAAGACGCAAGAAGGCAGCUACGAGUACUUUCAUGUCGUCAUUGGCAAAAAGUGGCAGUGAGCUUCUUUCUUCUGCUAAAGAGUCGUAUCUAUCUCGACUCGAAACCUCGGAUUCUACACCUACGCAGCGACAGGUGCUGCUGAAAGUCGCCGGUCUGCGAGAUUCGGGAGAAAUGGGGAAACAAGUUGAACCUGAAUUCACUGAAGACGACGGCUUGCUUUCAGUCACGUUUGCAAAACGUAUGUUGAAGUGGUUGGCUGAGGGAGUCGGACGUGGGUUGGAAUUGAGCGUUAGCAGCGAAACGCCCAAGGACGUUGCUUCGCUGCUGAAUUUGCUUUUGGCAACCAUGGCAGAGGGAUAUGUUGAAAUCGCAUUGGAUGCGGCGCUCGACGCAGCGUCGGUGCAGGAGAGUGCCAAAGCCGAGCCUGAUUUCACGUAUCUGCAUACUCUCCGGGGAGCUGUCAGUGUAACGCAUUUGAUGUUGACGUGUAUUAACACAGUGCUCAUCCCUCUAGCGGCGAACAAUGUGACUACCCGUCGAGAUAUGGAGAAGAAGACCAAUGCGGCAGUGAAUCGAAUCGAGGAUAAAAUCAAUGCGAUUGAGCAGCGCACGAUUGAUGUAGCGUUGGCGUGGGUGGCGAAGCUGUUGGGGGGACAGAGGAAGAAUGAUUUCCGCCCAAAGGAGGGCGAUGGCUCGACGGCAUGGCUCGAGAUGCUACAGACGCCGACGUGCGAGACCAUCUGCACAUUCCUGACCCAGCUGCACAACACAAUACUCACAUCCCUACCAGCCAGCGGGUCCAAUCUGCAAUGUCUCCUGACCGAACUUGCGCUGGGCAUCCGCGGUCAAAUCCUCGAGCAUUUCCGGCGUUUCCAAGUAAACGGGCCAGGCGGUCUCAUGGUCACAAAGGACAUGACUCGAUACACCAACCUGCUAAAGUCAUGGGAUCUGGAAUCAGAAGAGAUCAAAUCUGCUAUUGACGUGCUGCUCGAAGUCGGCAGUUUGUUCGUGAUUGGGCCAGAGGCGCUGCGCGAGAAGUUGCGAGGUGGCGGUGGUCCUGCGGCUAAGAAUAACAAUAACAAUAACAACGAUGGUGCAACGACUGCUCCUGCUGGACGACCUGCGCCGGCGAGCGAUGUGAGCGCUGGAUUCGGCCUUUCGGUGCAGGAUGUCAAGGCGUAUGUGAUGCGGAGGGUGGAUACGAAUACGCUCGCGAUGCAGAGUGUGCUGGGUUAG